GAGACAUAUAAGAAUAACUUAGGUUUUGUAAAAAAUGAUAAUAUAUAUUCAAGGAAUUUGGCACAGUUAACAUUAAGUAAUUAUGAAUUAAUAAAAGAUAGCAAAUACGAAAACAUAACUGAACAGUUGACAAAAGAAGAGUUAUACGAGCUUUUUGAUUUAUUAAUUCAAGAACCACCAAGAACAUAUCUUCUUAAUUUAUGGAAUCACAAAAAUGGUAUAUGUAGACAAGGAACAAACGAAUUAUUAAAAAGAUUAAAAGUAAUUGCACCUAAACUUACAUAUAGACGUACGGGUAGCGCAAGUCAACGUGGUAAAGCACCUCCUAAAAUAACAUGGCAAGGAUGUUCCUAUGAUUGUAAUAUGAUGGCUUCUACUUUGGAAACAGAACAAACUAAUAGAUUUUAUAACAUACUUAAUAAAAAGGCACCAAUUGAUGAAAUAAAAAAUUUCAUUUUAUCUUGUAUAGAUGAAUUUGAUAAAUUACAUAAUGAUUUAUAUGAGAAGUAUGAAAGAAUAUUUACCCAAUAA